CAAGUGACCGAGAGAGAGACGAGGAGAGACGAGGAGAGGACCCCGCGGCUCUUAACUCCGGGACUUCACCUGAACACGAUGCCGCUGCGGGGAGCGCGCUGCGCCGCACUUUUCCUUUUUCUUCACCUCCUGGAGCCAAGUGCGGUGCUGCCCUCCAACCUCGACACCACUCAUGUCAUCAGGAAAGACGGGGAUCCCGGGAGCCUGUUUGGCUUUUCUCUCGCCCUGCACCGACAAGUGAAGCCGGAUAAAGUCAUGCUGCUGAUCGGGGCUCCCAGAGCCAGAGCUUUAGGAAAACAAACGUCCAACUUCACAGGAGGGCUUUAUAAAUGUGAAAUCAACCACGAUAAUGACUGUGAGCGCAUUGAAUUUGAUAAUGACGAGAACCCAGCGGUGGAGUAUAAAGAGAACCAGUGGCUGGGAGUAACUGUGCAGAGUCAGGGACCCGGGGGAAAGGUUGUGACAUGUGCCCAUCGCUAUCAGAUGCGCAUGUUUGUGAACAGCCCCCAGGAGUCUCACGACAUCAUCGGCCGCUGCUACGUCCUCAGUCAGGACUUGACCAUCGACUCGUCCUCCGACGAGGACGGCGGGAACUGGAAGCUCUGCGAGGGCAGAACCAGGGGCCAUGAACGGUUCGGAGUCUGCCAGCAGGGCAUGGCAGCCACUUUCACCAAGGACUACCAUUACGUGGUGUUUGGAGCGCCGGGAGCUUACAACUGGAAAGGGAUGGUAAGAGUGGAGCAAAAGAACAACACUUUACUGGAGAUGGGAGUGUUUGAUGAUGGGCCAUAUGAGAUUUCCCAUGAGGAUCUCUUGAACACCACUCUACCAGCCAAUAGCUACCUCGGGUUUUCCCUGGAUUCGGGACACAGCAUCAUGCAGCAUCGCGGCCUGACGGUGGUGGCCGGAGCCCCGAGAGCCAAUCACAAUGGAGCCGUCAUCCUGCUGAAGAAAGAGACCAAAGCCUCUGAGAGACUCCUAAUGGAGCACGUGCUGCACGGGCCAGGAAAGGUGUCCUCCUUCGGAUACGAUGUGACUGUAGUUGACCUGAAUAAUGAUGGAUGGCAGGACAUAGUGGUGGGAGCCCCUCAGUUCUACAUGAAGGACAGUGAAAUUGGAGGAGCUGUUUAUAUUUACAUCAACAAGGCAGGAAAGUGGGAAUCGGUCACUCCUGUCCGCCUAACUGGGACCAAACACUCGAUGUUUGGACUGGCGGUGGAGAACACAGGGGACAUCAAUCUGGACUCAUAUCGAGAUAUUGCAGUUGGAGCUCCACAUGACGACGACGGAUCAGGAAUGGUCUACAUUUAUCAUGGAUCUGCACAAGGAAUCAAAACCGAUCCUGCACAGAAACUUUUAGGAAAAGAGCAUAACAUCCGUUUUUUUGGAUAUUCUCUGGCGGGGAACAUGGAUGUGGAUGGGAACUCGUAUCCAGACCUGGCUGUGGGCUCGCUGUCUGACGCAGCUUUCAUUUACAGGGCAAGGCCGGUCAUCAGCAUCAGGAGGAAGAUCACUGCAUAUCCACAGAAAAUUGACCUCAGAAAUAAAACCUGCGGUAAUGGGAUUUGCUUCAGUGUCAAGGCGUGCAUCGCCUACAAAGCGAACCCUUCGUUUUACAACCCUCGGCUAACCAUCGGUUAUUUAAUAGAGGCGGACAGCAGUCGGAGGAAACUGGGCCUGACCUCCAGGGUCGUAUUCCUGAAAUCCCAGGCGGAGUCGGACCACCAGGCCAACGGCACCUUCGAGCUUCAAGGCCAAAACCAGGAGAAGUGCGUCAAUAUCACAGCCAGAGUUAAGGACAACAUUAAGGACAAGAUGCACAGCAUUCGCAUCGCGUUGUCCGCAGAAAUUGUCAACACAAAGCGACAGAAAACAAGGAACGGCCUUCGUCAGAUAACGCCCAUCUCAGACGGCUCUCUGCCGAGCGUGGACUCCACCGAGGUUAACUUCGUGAAGGAGGGAUGCCAGAAAGAUGGCGUUUGCCGGAGCAACCUAAAGAUGGAUUGCAGUUUGUUCUACAAACAGAGCAACCAGGAAGAGUAUUCUCCGUUAAACAGCAAGGACAACAUCCCCGAGUUUCUCCUGAGUUCCGACAAGAAGGACCUGGCUCUGCGAGUGACCGUGACCAACAGGGGCGGCGACGACGCUUACGAGGCAAAGGUCGUGGGGAAUUUCCCAGCUUCCCUGUCGUACUCAGGAGUCCGCCCGCAGGGUCCGCUCGCAGGGGCCUCAAACCCGCCGAAUUGUAAUGCCAAUCAGAACGGCUCUCAAGUGGACUGUGAGCUGGGAAAUCCGCUGAAGAAAAACUCAGAGAUAACCUUGUACAUCAUCCUGAGCACUUCGGCCAUGAGCCUCGACACCUCUGAGAUUGAGAUCGAGCUCCAGCUGCAAACGACCAGUGUUCAAGAAAAUAUUAGGCCUCUGAAAAUAAAGAGUAAAGUGAUUAUUGAAUUGCCCAUAUCCGUCACUGGGGAAGCCAGUCCCAGUCAGGUUUCUUUCGGAGGUGUCGUGAGAGGCGAAAGCGCGAUGAAGACAGAAGACGAGAUUGGAAGUCUGAUUAGCUAUACUUUCAGGAUAAGCAACGCCUGGAAGACUUCGGUUUCUUCCUUCAAACCUUCUCUACACAUUCAAUGGCCUAAAUCGAACAAAGAUGGGAAAUGGCUUCUGUACCUGGUGAAGAUCACCGCUAAAGGGCCGGAGGACGUCGUCUGCUCCCUGGCAUCUGAGAUCAACCCUCUAAAUUUGCUUCAAAAGUCUUCUGCAUCUCGAACAAAACGAGAAACUGUGACGAACAAGGGAAAAACUGGGGGCAAAAUGUAUUUCUCCAAAGACAAACAUAAGGUUUUGUCCUGUGGUAAAGAACUCAGCUGUGUGGAGCUGCAGUGCCCCCUGAAGGGGCUUCACGGUACAGCGGUCGAACUACGCUCCCGUCUGUGGAACUCCACCUUUAUUGAGGACUAUGCCUCCAUUCCAACCCUGAGUCUCAUGGUGAAGGCCUCACUCGUGCUUCAUUCUCAAGCUCGGAACAUAAUCCUGAAAAAUCCUGAAGCUACUGUGACGGUGUCCGUAUCUCCGGACAGCUCGGUGGCUCAGUACGGCCAACUUCCCUGGUGGAUCAUAUUGCUGGCAGUUCUGGCGGGAAUCCUCAUUUUAGCUUUGAUGAUUUUUAUGCUUUGGAAGUGUGGUUUCUUCAAGAGACCGUCUAAAGAACAGUACGAAGCUGCGUAUCACAAGGCAAAGAUCCGCGUUCAGCCUGCCGACAAGGAGAAAGUCUCAGAUGACGCCUGAUUUUUAUUUAUUUUUCCUCUGAACAGGGUGUGGAUUCUUCAGACGGUCCAAACGAGACGACAGUGUCCGUCGCUACCACGCAGUGCGGAUAAGAAAAGAAACUCUGGCCUAUAAAGACGGAAACAUCAAACUUGAUCCUUUUGGAAAGAAGCAGUGGAUGACGACGUGGGUCGAUAAUGAAAGUUACUCCUGAGUGUUUUCUGCUGGAACGAGCUGCCGGAUGAACACGACCUGCUUCUCGUGAUUUUAAACACAAACAUGCAAAAGUCUGUGAAUAUGGUGCUCAGUACUUUUUUAAAUCUACAUCAUUCUUGCGAGUUGGCAUCAGGACCUUGAAUGUUUGCGUUGUACAGGUGACUUCCUUUUAAGUUUUUUUUUUAUGUUUUAAUAAAUGUUGUAUAUAUUUAAAUAUUUCUGCAGACUUUGUAUUUAUUUUUUUAAUAUGAAAAAAAAAUUAUGCAACAUUUUUUUUUUUUUUUUUUUAAAUAAGUUUACUGUUGGUUUUAGAGCUACGUCAUUUUUUUUAAUUUGAAAAAUGACGCAGAGGAAGGUACAUCUAGUUCACUGGAGCAGACAAAGGUUUUCUGUGGUAAUUUUUUUGUACUUGCCAAAAUAGAAUAAAAGCUCUUUUCCUCUUUGAAACGACAUUCAGGUACAUUAACGUGUCAAAAGAACAAAUAAUUGCAAAGAUUUAUCAUUUUGUCUCAUUGCUGUGACAUUCAGGUAGCAUCACUGUAUUUCAGAUCACAGGGUUUAUUUUAUUCAUUUUUUUGGGUUCCAUUUGAUGAAUCCAAAGGGAACAUGAUAGAAAUACAAACUGUGCUUUUUAGAUGCAAGACAGUCGUAACUGGAAUUGUUAUGCAACGGUUUGCAAUAAAAGUGUUUCAAAUAA